CAUCUCUAUCCUUCCACUACAGUUCUCCAAGCUCUCUUUCUCUUAAACUCUCUCUCUCUCUCCAUCCACCUCUCGUCAACAAUGGCAGACCGUCCUCAGCCACACCAUAUCCAAGUUCGCCCCGCCCAGCCGCGCUAUGGCGAGCACGAGUGGGGUGAACAUGGAGGAUUUGGUGGCGGUGGCCCCUCAGCCGGCCAAGUUCUUGCAGUGAUAGCCGGCCUUCCAUUAGGUGGAACCCUACUAGCGCUUGCUGGUCUCACUCUCCUGGGGACAGUCAUUAGUGCUCUCGUUGCGACCCCGCUCUUCAUCAUCUUCAGCCCGGUUCUUGUCCCUGCUCUUUUCGUCAUCGGGCUUGCUGUCACCGGAUUUUUGACCUCCGGGGCUUUUGGGCUGACUGGGCUGUCGGCGCUGUCUUGGAUCACCAACUACAUCAGGAGGACACCCGUGGUGCCGGAGACCCUGGACGAGGCGAAGAGGCGCGCGGCGGAAAUGGGAGAGUACGUGGGGCAGAAGACAAAGGAGGUUGGGCAGGACAUCCAGAGUAAGUCCCACGAAACAAAGAGGCAAACCGGACAUACUGAAAGUCGUUGAAGGGAAUGGAAUGGAAGAUAUUUGAGAGGUUUUCGACUUUUACGAACGAGGUUGCUUGUAUAUGAAAAUGGAAGGGAAAUAAUGUUGGAAAACUUCUGGUUUUUUCUGUAAUUUGAUGUACGUAGCCGGCAGCCUGUAGACUGGCAGUUCUUGUGUGUGUUUGCAUUGUUGUGUUUAUCGUAUGCUCUCCAAUCUAUUGUAUUGCAAAUAUCCGUUUGUGCAA